AGAAAGCAUUUAAAUAUUUCUUAUUUAUUUGCAAUUUUUAUAAUGUACUAAAAUUAAAAAAUUACUCCUAAAGAGAAUUUUUUUUUCUCUUAAAUCAAAUCUCCCCUAUCUCACAAUCUCACUCAUUUUCCCUCUCAAAUCAUAAUUGAUUAACCUCUUCUUCCUCCCACUUUCUCUCUCCUUCUGUACUGCACUUUCUUAAAACCCCACCCCAUUCUUUUCCCUUAUUAACGCUCUCAUUCUUCAAAUCUAAUUGUUCAUUACUAGUCUUAUUCCUACUACUCACUUUCAAACUCAUCUCAAUAUUUUUAAUAAUAUAAAUUUCCAAAACAGAGGAUAAAAUCCCCUGUUUGUGAUUUUUUUUCUCUAUUUUCAUUGUUUUUCUCUUUUUUUAUAGCAAUGCAGCCAUUGUUAUACUUGAGUAUUGCUUCAUUGUUAUUAUCCUUUGUUGUUGCUGAUGAUCCUUACAGAUUCUUUAACUGGAAUGUCACUUAUGGUGAUAUUUACCCUUUAGGUGUUCGCCAACAGGGAAUUUUGAUAAAUGGGCAGUUUCCAGGACCAGAUAUCCACUCAGUUACUAAUGAUAAUCUUAUCAUCAAUGUUUUUAACAGUCUUGAUGUUCCUUUCCUUCUUUCAUGGAAUGGAAUUCAGAACAGGAGAAAUUCCUUUGAAGAUGGUGUAUACGGAACAACGUGCCCAAUUCCCCCAGGAAAGAACUUCACUUACAUUCUCCAAGUCAAAGAUCAAAUUGGAAGCUUCUAUUACUUUCCUUCUCUCGGAUUCCAAAAGGCUGCUGGUGGUUUCGGAGGCAUCAGGAUCCUUAGUAGGCCGAGGAUUCCUGUUCCUUUUCCCGAUCCUGCCGGUGACUACACUGUUCUUAUCGGAGAUUGGUACAAGGCUAACCACACUGAUUUGCAAGCAACCCUUGAUGCCGGACACAAGCUUCCUCCUCCAGACGGAAUCCUAAUCAAUGGUCGUGGAAGUGGUGCCACAAUCAAUGUAGAACAAGGGAAGACUUACAGGCUUAGGAUCUCCAAUGUUGGGCUACAGAACUCUCUCAACUUCCGUAUUCAAGGCCACAAGAUGAAGGUGGUGGAAGUCGAGGGGACCCACACCCUCCAAACUACCUUCUCUUCACUUGAUGUCCAUGUUGGACAGUCCUACUCGGUGCUCAUAACAGCCGAUCAACCCCCUAGGGACUACUACGUUGUAGCUUCAUCGCGUUUCACCAAUCCUGUACUCACUACAACCGGACUCCUCCGUUAUUCCAACUCGGGGGGCUCAGUCCAAGGCCCAAUCCCUGGCGGUCCCACAAUUCAGAUUGACUGGUCCCUCAAUCAGGCUCGUGCUAUCAGGACUAAUCUUACCGCAAGUGGGCCAAGGCCUAAUCCACAAGGAUCUUACCACUAUGGUAUGAUCAAUACAACCAGAACUAUCAGACUGCAGAAUUCUGCUGGACAAGUGAAUGGAAAGCAGAGGUAUGCCGUUAACAGUGUGUCAUUCAUCCCUGCUGAUACUCCUCUUAAGCUCGCGGAUUACUUUAAGAUCGGAGGAGUUUUUAGUGUUGGAAGCAUCCCCAGCAACCCCACUGGUUCCGGGAUCUAUCUUGCUACUUCUGUGAUGGGUGCUGAUUACCGAGCUUUCAUCGAGAUUGUCUUCGAGAAUACUGAGGAUAUCGUUCAGAGCUGGCAUUUGGAUGGUUAUAGCUUCUUUGUUGUAGGAAUGGAUGGAGGAACGUGGUCAGCAGCCAGCAGAAAUCAGUACAAUCUCCGUGAUGCAGUUUUUCGUUGUACCACACAGGUGUAUCCGAAUUCAUGGACUGCAAUCUAUUUGGCUCUGGACAAUGUAGGUAUGUGGAACUUGAGGUCAGAAUUCUGGGCACGCCAAUACUUAGGACAACAGUUCUACCUACGAGUGUACACACCAUCGACAUCCCUAAGGGACGAGUAUCCGAUUCCCAAGAACGCUCUAACCUGUGGAAGAGCAGCAGGCAGACGCACAAGGCCGAUAGUAUAAUCAACUAGCUAGCUAUCUAGCUAGUAUAUCAAGAGAGUUUGAUAAGUUAUUCUGUAAUAUUAUUAGUAUGGAUGAGAAAUUGAGAAUAGAGCAAAGAGAUAAGCAAAGCUUUUGCUUUAAUUUGCUCAUUAGAUUCUUUUGUUGUGCUAUAUUAGCACUAGCUUUAGUAUCCAAAUGAGGGUUGUAUUAUUAGCACUUACGUAUAUUUGCACGACCUCUUCUCAAGGUCGCAUUCUUUUAAUUUUAAUAAGAUUGUUGUUGUUCAA